CAGUAACAAUAGAUAAUCCUCCGUGGAUAGGUCCAUGCCUCCUCCUGAUCCUCGGCCUAGCUAGUCCGUUUUCGGGAAAUCGCCCCCGGAAUCGCCCCUCGAUGUCCACCCUCGAUCGCAUCUGAUCACAUGAUAUGUUAUACGACUGUCAGGUGACCGCUGGCGAUCACAUCAGUUGCUGCAUGCAUGCAUGCAUCAUAUCGUACAUGUACACUACAGCUGAGAGCGAGCUGCUGAUCGAAUCCUGAGAGGGAACUGUUCCUGUAACUAAUUGGAAGAAAAUUGGUUAUAAUAAUGGAUUCUUUUCUAAAGACAAUCUUUCUUGGGAGUGCGAUGUUCUUGGCAGUUGCAACACUACCCUUAGCUUCUAGUAGGGGAGCAUUUAGAGCCAUGUUCCAUCCUGAUCCACCAGCUUAUGCUCAGAGGUCGAAGGUCGAUCCCGGCGAGCCUUUGUUUUUAACACCAUACAUCGAGUCUGGAAGAAUAGCUGAAGGUCAGAAACUGAGUCGUGUUGGACCUUUAGUUGGUACUACAAUUGAAAGUUAUUCAGGAUUUCUGACUGUCAACAGCACCUACAACAGUUCAAUGUUCUUCUGGUUUUUCCCUGCUCAGAACAAUGAUUCCUCAGCUCCCGUGUUGCUAUGGUUACAAGGAGGCCCAGGAGGUUCCUCCCUUUUUGGACUCUUUGCCGAGAAUGGUCCUCUUAUUGUAACCAAAGACCUGAAAUUGCAGCCAAGGCAAUGGGCAUGGACUCGAAAGUACUCGAUGCUCUACAUAGAUAAUCCAGUAGGUACCGGCUUUAGCUUCACUGAUAGUGAUAGUGGAUACGCAAACAACCAAGACGAUGUAGCAGUCAAUCUGUAUAGUGCUUUGACCCAGUUUUUCCAGCUCUUCCCUCAGUAUCAGAAGAAUGAGUUCUAUGCAACAGGAGAGUCAUAUGCAGGGAAGUAUGUACCAGCCAUUUGUUAUAAAAUCCACACUGAGAACCCUAAAGCAAAGGUUUACAUUAAUCUUCAAGGAAUGGCCAUUGGAGAUGGUCUUGUUGACCCCUACUCGAUGUUUCCAGGCUAUGGUGACCUAAUGUACCAGACCGGUCAGAUUGAUCUGAAGCAGAAGGACGUUGUUGACCUGUAUACCUACAAAGGAUCAGAGUUUAUCAACCAGGGAAAAUGGUUGGAAUGUUUUCAGCAAUUUGACAUACUGCUGAAUGGAGAUCUUUUUCCGUACCCUACGUUCUAUUACAAUGCAACAGGUUCAAAUAACUACUACAACUUCAUGAUGACAACACUUCCAGCAGACACUAACUACUACAAUGACUAUCUAGCUCUUCCUGAGGUCAGACGAGCCAUCCAUGUUGGGAACCUGACCUAUAACGAUGGUAAUAAGGUUGAGGAACACCUUACAGAGGAUAUCUGUAAGAGUGUUAAAGACUGGACUUCAGUCUUGGCCAAUAAUUACAGGUGUUUGUUCUACAGUGGUCAGCUUGAUAUCAUCGUCGGAGCAACGCUGACAGAGAACUUUCUUCAAAACUUAACCUGGACCGGAGAAUAUGGCUACCGUAACUCAGAAAAGAUUAUCUGGAAGGUUAAUCCUGAUGACACAGAGGUAGCAGGCUAUGUCAGGCAGUAUAAAGACUUUUAUCAGGUGAUUGUUCGAGGUGGUGGACAUCUUCUACCCCAUGAUCAACCAGAAAGGAGUUUUGAUAUGAUUGACAGAUUCAUUAAUAAACGACAAUAUGACAAGUAAACUAUGAUUUUAGAUUAAGGAUUUCAGGUAUAUAGGGCUUUCAUCUUCAGCAAGUACAUAUAUGAUAAUAUCUAAUGUUUUCUUGUUUUGUUGGGUCGCAAGGAACAGUUUCCCCCUCAGGAAUUUUGAAAACUUACAUACUUUUACUGAAAAUUUGUUAUAAAUUCAAUUAAAGUGUGCACAAAAUCAUUCAUUUUCACUCUAGGAAAUGUAAAAGCUCCCCAUGACAAGCUUGGUUUCUUUGCUCUUCUACUUUUGAGUUUCUUCGAAAAUUUGUAAGUAUCUUGCCCCCCCCCCACCCUUGCAGCAAAAAUAAAAUUUUGUUUGGCCUUGAGCAAGAGCUAUGUAAUAUGUAAGUACAGGUUAUUUUGCAUUGUUGAACUUCUAGAAUCAGCAAAAAUUAACUGCCACAUGUUAUAAUUUCACAUUAUACAGUACUAUUUCAAGCAGAUACGAACCAAUAGCGCCAUCUCGAGUCCUCAACUACUCAUACCUGGCCAGUUUCCUGACCCAUAACGCUAGUGUAGUCUAGUAAUAUAGACCCUCUUGAAUGAUGACAUGUUAAUUAACUACUCAAUACAUUUAUACCACAAUAAUUAUGUAACCAAGUAGCAAAACAAUUCCUUUCCCUGUCAAAACAUUUUAGUUUCUCUAUACAAAUACAAUUAUAGGUCAAUUUAUUCUCUUUAGUAUUAGUAGAUAUCUGAAAAUGUAUAUUUUAAGACUAUGUAUUUAUAACACACAGUCAAUGAGAGACCACACACAGUUCACCUCCCCUAUAAAGCAUUUUUUCCCUCAUUAAAUGACACCCACAUGGAAAGUACAAUGUUUUAUUUCAGUCCGAUAAUGUAUGGCACAAAAUCAUGCUUCGAAUCUUUUUUUCCUUGUAAAAAAUGUUUGGGGACAUUAUUGAUGGAAAGGUCCAUAUCAUUUUUUUUCUAAACAGCUAAAAGAAAUAUCUGAUAUCAUGUUUGCUAAUGGAAUUCAUGAAUAAGAACGAUUGUUUAUAUAACUGUUUAUAAUCUGAAAAUAAUCAAUUGGCAAUAAAACAUUGAAUGUAUGUUGAUGGUUAAUAUGCCAUUUAUGUCUUGUUUGCUCUUUGAAUGUGUAAGUAAAAGUUAUUUCUAUUUCUGUGAUUUUGACAAUCAAAUGAAGAUAAAUCAUGUAUUGAACAAAAAAUAGAAAAAUAUUUGUUAUGACAAAUCUUAUAUAUUAUAUGUAUUUUAUAUGAGGAGACUUGUUCAGAUAUGAUGCAACAAAGCUGAGUAGGGCGAUUCCAAACGUGUCGUAUGGGACAUUUUGACAACAAUUUCUAGUCUCUUAGCUGAGUGCCUGAGCAAUAAUUUUUUUUCUUGUCACUGAUAAAGUUAUAGUGAGUAGUCAUAUGAAAACUGAUAACCAAUUUUUUUUUAUUAUAGGUGAAUUAAAGGUGAAAAUGGUGUGUGCCUUACAGGACUCAGAAAUGUCCUGUACAACAAGCAACAUUUUCACCUCUAAUUCACCCAAGGAUAACAUAUUUUUGUUGGUUGUCAUUUUUUUACAUGACUACCCAGUAGUACUUUAUCAUUACCAUAAAACAAACUGAAGUUCCUUGUUUGUUUAGACAGCAGGUUGAAAAGUGUUGUGAAAAUGGCUUAUUUUUCUAACAUGGAAUCGCCCAGUAACAGAGUUAAGCAGCAUUUUUGUGUCCAAAGACAAUAGAAAAAGAGGGGUUUAAAAAAAGUUGCAAACGCAAGAGACUUUUUUGUUGCAAGGUGCCUCCCCCUCUUUAACAUGUAGCCCAAUUUAUUUUUUCCUAAGUAAAGGCAAAUAGAACACAAAUGAGCAGUGAAGUAAUCUGUUAUUAAUUGUGUGGACAAGCUAUGACGCCAUUCAACAUGACUCAGAAUAUGGAAUCAUGAAAUUAUAUUAAAGGAGUCAUAUCAAUAUGACAAUAUUUUUUUUUUACCUGGAGCAUGUAACGUUCAUUUAUGAGCCUAUAACAUGUCUGAACAACUGUAUCAAAUGUUGCUGAGAUUGCCAUAUCACACUUGAAAAGAGACUUUAUUUGCCAUGGUUACCAUAGAAAUAUAGCCUUUAAAUGCCAUUUAAUAUUCAAAGUGUGCAAAACUAGAAGCAGAGACUACUAUGAAAUCAUGAACUGAAAAUAUUUUUCUAAAUAUGUACAUGUAUUUUCUCUCUUUGUUUCAAGUAUAUGGAUUUGUCAAUGAUAAUGACUGUGUGUUUGCAUUUGUCAUAAUUGAAUCGAAAUUCAAAUUUGUAUUAAAUGCAUUCUUUUCAAAA